ACUUUCACCUCUACAGGUCCUUGUAUUUCCCCCUGUUACAAGCUACUAUCGGCUGUUGAUCCAUAGUACUACCCAAGAGUUUCCUGAUCUGUGUAGCUUCAGUAUCAGCCAAGGGGACAACAGACGCACUGUCAUAUGCCCCAAAGUUUAUAGGAUUAUGCCAAACAGUCCUGAGGAUACCAGUGUUUCAUCCCUGACCCGGAAGAGCUUACCUUCCAUCGCAGUUUCUAAGGGGCGGGGUCAACAGACCCCUGGAGGUUUGACCUCUGACCUCAAGGACCAUCAGGAGGAGAGUACCUCUGCCACACCUAGGAAGAGAACCACUCCAAGGGACCGCACUACGAAAAGGUCAAGACGGCCUGAUCAGCAGCUUUAUGUCCCCAGGAGAGGGCGGCAAACCAACAACGCAUCCCCCGAAAAUCUACAGUCUGCAAAACAGGAUAUUGAAACAAAGAAGCCUGCUCAUCAACAGUCAGAAAAACCUAUUAGAGUAAAUGAUCGCUAUAAUCUAUCUGAAGAGAGUGUCGCUUGUCGAGCAGCAAGAGUAGAAUCAGAUAUAUCUGUAAGCUCAAAGACACAAUUUAUUGAUGACCUCUGCAUCUCGCCCACUGAGCAAGAGAAUACAUCAGUCAAUGAUCAGCUUGUAGACCUUGAUAUUGAUCAGUGCGUGCCACCUUCCUCAAGCACAACAAAGUCAGUGUUCACCAGUCCAGGAGCUAAAGAAACAAGUGUUGAAUCAGGGAGUGAAUGUAGGGAGAGCCAUUGUGAUGUGGCAUUGAGUGUCCCACCUUGUUGUCCCGAGAGAGGAAGUUCUGCUAACAAGAUUGUCCAGGAAAGCAAUACAGACGGUAUCCUGAAGGAGUCACUGGACAGUGUAGCCUGUGAUCCUCAACAAGAACAACCUCGGGAUACACUGUGUGAUAGUAAUUGUGUGAAAGAUAUUGACAGAAAUUUUGUUGACGACCAGACUGCAGUUGGACAGUCAGAAAGUGAACUCUGCAACAUUGUAGCAGCACAGGACCAAAGACCCUUGCCUAACCAGAGAAUAAUGGCCGAAGAUGCCGCACGUUUGGAAUCAACGGAUGUGUGUGGCAGUGGUGAUGACAGUAGCGGGUCAAGAACAGAUAAAUCAGCGGAAAGACAGACGAUGGAAAGCGAAGGAGGGAAAGAAGAGGUGAAGAAAGGAGAUGAUGGAGAAGAAGAGGAAGAUUCCUGGGAUGCCAUGUUUGAUGAGGAAGGGAACAGCUUAAAGGAUGAUGAAAUCAAAGAGAUAACAGAUGCUGUUGGUGGAGUAUCGGUAUCGGUUAAAGAACCAGCGCAUGAUUACUUCAAUUUCUCACCCAAAGAUACUACUGAUUAUACCAAAUUGGAGCAUGUUGUAGAAGCAUAUGACUUCCCUGCCGAAUUCAAGACCGAAGAUCUAGUCAUGUCGUUCAAUGCAUUCAAGAGCAAAGGAUUUGACAUCAAAUGGGUUGAUGACACACAUGCCUUGAUUGUAUUUGCAUCAGCACAAGUAGCUUCCGAUGCCCUUUGUCUUCAAAAUCCCAUGCUGCGGACCCGCCCACUCUGCCUUGCCUCUAAGCAAUCCAAACAGAAGGCCAAAGCCACCGUGGAAUUCAUCCAGCCGUACCGACCACGCCCGGAAACCAGUUCGUUGGCAGCGCGGAGGAUGGUAUCCAAUGCCUUGGGUGUGAAGAGCAAUGUCACCAAGGAGCAGAGGGCUGCUGAGAGACAGAAACUCAAGGAAGCAAAAGAGCGAAAGAGAGACGAGAAGAAACAGAAGACCGAUAUAUGGGACGGCAAUAUUUGAGCAUUGGCCUUCUACUUCCUGGCCAUGUUUCAUGUUUUUUUAGCAAUGGCAAGUUCCACUCUACUUUUUAUUAGCUUUUGAAUUACUCCAGUAGCCAGUAGCAAUUUGUCAUAUACAUGUAUGUUGAUUCUUUGUGAAACCAGGCCCGAGAAAUUGUGUUCUUUUUAUUUUUUUGCAUUGCAUUUUGGGCACUUCCAUAAAAUAUGUGCAUCCAACCUCUUCAUGUAUGUAUGUUGGACCAUACAGAAAUGACUUGUCUGUGUUAUUUAGUACUUAUGGAGAUGUUGGAAUGCUCUCUUAUUAUUAUGGAUUGUUAGUAAAGUGGAGAAUUAUGGGAAAUGGAGGCUGGUCAUACAAAUAGGUUGAUUUAUUAUAUGUAAAUGCUCAUUAAAUACCUGGUAAUAUCCAUUGGCAGGAUGUACCCAUGUAUAUCUGCAACUCUUAACACAAUGGCAUAAUACUCGUGACUUUUUAUGCUAUGUUAAACAUGGAUUUAGGCCAGCCUUGGAAAACACAUUUUUAGGCCAUGGAAAGCAUCAUUUUGUGUACAAAAAUUGCAAAUUCUACUGUUUUAAAUAAAAUUUAUAUGGCAAUUCUGAAUACUGUCCCUUUCUUUGAUGUUGAUGUUUGCAAAAAAAAAAAAUAUAUUCUCAUUAUAAUAUUUGCUUUGAUUUACUUGUUUUACUCAAACUUUUUAGAUGAUCAAUCUACCUGGUUUCACUCUUGAUUCAAUGUAAUUAUUAACAGGAUUGGUAUAUGUUCCUCAAUUUUGAAUAUCUUACAGAGUUAUUUAUAAAUUUACAAUUUCGAGUUUCUUAUAGAAUUAUUUAUAAAUUCAGUUUUCAAUCUUUGGGCUAAUAUAUGGAUACAUGUCCAUUUGCCAAGAUGCUUUGAGUAGUUCUUUUCACUUAGGAAAUAUUGAUUUAUUUAUGAAAAAAUAGUUAUGUAAUUGCAUUUUUUUGGGAAGUAUUAUGUAAUUGUAUAACAUGCAUGAUGCAUUCAUUGGUAGUUCACUAAGAUACAUAAUAUACUAUUUGAGGAUAAAUAGCAACCUGAAAUUUCUUCAUCUAUUAAUUUAGAAAAUAUUUUCAGGAAAGAUAGGUUGUUGAAGAAGGUUCCAUACACAUUUUUUUUUUUUGGGGGGGGCGGGGUGUAGGGAGCUAUCUUUUUUUUUCAGAGGUAAGUCAGGUGUAGUUUCAUUGCAAAUGUUUUUACCAGUCAAGGCAAGUCAAGGUCCAUUUUACCCCAGGAGUAAGGUUUAUUUCAUGGAAAAAGAUAUGAUGCAUGAACUUGUACAAUGGUGCAAAUUUUGCAAUUUUUUACAUGCAUUCGUGUAUGGAAUUUCAUGGUAAUCUGUU